UGGGGCGGGAGAACAAAAGGCCACCGCUUGCGCACGGAGCCCUGCGCCCCGGCCUCCCCUCCCCCGCACCUGGCUCGAAACGUUGCGGCAAAGGGCUUUUGCAGAACUGGCCGGCUGCACGCGGGGAGGAAGGGGCCGCCGCGAGCGGCGCUCGGUUCCCGGGGCAUCUCCCGCCGCCGGGUGCCCGGCCCGACGGUGCUCGCGCCAGACACGAGUGCCUAUGGCGGCAAAAGGAAUUUCGCGGUAAGCGCGUCACGCCGUGGACCGCCUUUCACGAGCUGCCUCCGGCCGGGGAAGGUGGCGCUUCCUCCAGCCCUUUGUGUCUCGCUCUGCGGCGAGGACCCGGGCUUUCGCUGGCCUGUUCCAUCAGUGGAGAGCACGCCGGCUUGGGGAUCGCGCCCUGAUCUCAGACGGGAGAGAAGGUGUGGUACGCGGGAGAGGAAAGGACCCACCGCUGGGGAACGGGGUCUCAGACAUCUGUACUUGCUGCUGCCUGCUUCUGAAGACCCUCGGAACAGAAGAAACCUGGGCUGAUCUUUUGGCUGUGGACGCAUGAAUAUGAUGCAUUUCAAAAGUGGCCUCGAGUUAACGGAGCUGCAGAACAUGACAGUGCCCGAGGACGACAACGUCAGCAACGACUCUAACGACUUCACCGAGGUGGAAAACGGCCAGAUAAAUAGCAAGUUCAUCUCUGACCGUGAAAGCAGACGGAGUCUCACCAACAGCCAUUUGGAGAAAAGGAAAUGUGACGAGUAUAUUCCAGGAACAACAUCUCUGGGCAUGUCUGUUUUUAACCUGAGCAACGCCAUUAUGGGCAGUGGGAUUUUGGGACUCGCCUUUGCCCUGGCCAACACCGGGAUCCUCCUUUUCCUGAUACUUCUGACUUCAGUGACGUUGCUGUCUAUAUACUCAAUAAACCUGCUAUUGAUCUGUUCCAAGGAAACUGGCUGCAUGGUUUAUGAAAAGCUGGGAGAACAAGUCUUCGGGACCACGGGGAAGCUGGUGAUCUUCGGAGCCACCUCGCUGCAGAACACUGGCGCGAUGCUGAGCUACCUCUUCAUAGUAAAAAACGAACUUCCUUCCGCCAUAAAAUUCCUCAUGGGAAAAGAGGAGGCAUUUUCAGCCUGGUACGUAGAUGGCCGUGUCCUGGUGGUGAUGGUUACCUUUGGCAUAAUUCUCCCGCUCUGUCUCUUGAAGAACCUGGGGUAUCUUGGCUACACCAGUGGAUUUUCCUUGAGCUGCAUGGUUUUUUUCCUAAUAGUGGUUAUCUACAAGAAAUUUCAAAUUCCCUGCUUGAAUGUAGAACAGAACUCAACAAUAAGUGCUAAUGUGACUGACAUGUGUACGCCAAAAUAUGUCACCUUCAACUCCAAAACGGUGUAUGCUUUACCAACCAUCGCGUUUGCAUUCGUCUGCCACCCGUCUGUCCUGCCGAUCUACAGCGAGCUCAAAGACCGGUCACAGAAGAAAAUGCAGAUGGUUUCGAACAUCUCCUUCUUUGCCAUGUUUGUCAUGUACUUCCUGACCGCCAUCUUUGGGUACCUGACAUUUUAUGAAAAGGUGCAGUCAGAUCUUCUUCACAAGUACCAAAGCAAAGACGACAUUCUCAUCCUGACAGUGCGGCUGGCUGUCAUUGUGGCUGUCAUCCUCACCGUGCCGGUGUUGUUUUUCACCGUUCGCUCGUCGCUAUUUGAACUGGCCAAGAAGACGAAGUUCCACUUAGGCCGCCACGUCGUGGUCACUGUCAUCCUCCUGGUGAUUAUCAACCUGCUGGUGAUCUUUAUUCCCUCCAUGAAGGAUAUCUUUGGAGUCGUAGGAGUUACGUCUGCUAAUAUGCUCAUUUUCAUUCUUCCUUCGUCUCUUUAUUUAAAAAUCACCAACCAAGACGGAGAUAAAGGCACUCAAAGGAUUUGGGCCGCCCUUUUCUUGGGCCUGGGAGUGUUGUUCUCCUUGAUCAGCAUUCCCCUGGUCAUCUACGACUGGGCUUGCUCGUCCAGCAGUGACGAGGGCCACUGAGACCAGCCUCGAAGAGCCAGCGUCCGCCCCAUCCUUCAGCCGCCACUCAUCCGCAGCCCUUCCCCACUUCUUUUGCAAGUUUACAGAAACAGACAGAAACGCACAGGAUGCCUCUGGGGUUGCGACACAGGGAGCCGCUGCUAGUGUCCUCCCGGGAUCUCCGCUUAGGGAUUGCAGAUUUUAGCUUUUCCAGAUUUCAAGCAGUCCUCUUUUCCAGCGCUUCCUACCUUCCCCCUCUUCGCUGUGUUCCGUGGCUUCUCGGUCUCUUAGAACUUUGGAAACAUGAUCAUCAGCUGUGUUCGUUUGUUAGA